UCUGUGUCUGGAGUCUUCUCAGUCAUGUUCUCUGUGAUAUUUGCCUAUGUAGCUGAUGUCACUCAAGAGCACCAGCGAAGUGCUGCUUAUGGAUGGGUCUUAGGUUUUGGCUCAGUUAAAAUUGCAGCAUUCAUAGCUAUGGUAGGAAUUCUGUCUAUUGUGGCUCAAAUGAUCUUUCUUAGCAUCUUGAUGAGAUCAUUAGGUAAUAAGAAUACUGUCCUCCUUGGCUUGGGCUUUCAGAUGCUCCGAUUAGCCUGGUACGGUUUUGGAUCUCAGGCCUGGAUGAUGUGGGCAGCAGGGACUGUGGCCGCCAUGUCCAUUAUCGCUUUUCCAGCAAUCAGUGCUCUUGUCUCUCGGAAUGCAGAGUCAGAUCAGCAAGGAGUUGCACAGGGGAUCAUAACUGGAAUAAGAGGACUAUGCAGUGGCCUGGGGCCAGCACUUUAUGGCUUCAUAUUCUACAUGUUCCACGUGGAACUCACUGAAUCGGGCCCCACAUCGAAUGCUAACAAUGCUCCCCUACAGGGAGCUGUCAUCCCAGGCCCACCAUUUUUACUUGGGGCAUGUAUAGCUCUUAUGUCUUUUCUGGUUGCCUUAUUCAUCCCUGAAUACAGUAAAGCCAGUGGAGUUCAAAAACAUAGCAACAGUGGCAGUGGAAGCCUGACCAACACCCCAGAACAGGGCAGUGAUGAGGACAUUGAGCCAUUGCUUCAGGACAGCAGUAUCUGA